CUCAGAUCUUCGCGGCCCUGAGAACAACAUAAACAGUCUGAACUGAAAAAGAAAUAUACAACCAGUCCAACGCGUCACCGUGCCUAUCGCUGAGAAGGCCUAAAUUGGCUGCCGUGAUGUAUGACUUGAUGGGUCCAUGCUGCCCCCCCAGUGCUCCUCAUGACCGAAGUCACUGAAAUCAUACAAGCAGAAUGACUGAUGUCCAGUCACUGAAAAAGGGAGCUCUUGUAGCAGCCACUUAUGAUACCAUAUUACAGGUUGGCCUGCGCAUCAUGUCAUUCAUACUGAAUGCAUUUAUCAUACGCCACGUAAGCCAUGAGGUGUUUGCAGUGAUGACAGUUCGAUUGCAUUUGCUGUAUGCUACAGGGCUGCUCUUAUCCCGGGAAGCUUUCAGGCGCGCUGCCCUCAGUUCAAAGGGAUCUGGUCAAAUAUACAGACUGAUCAACUUGAUAUGGAUUGGGUGGGUAGUAUCUAUACCAGUUGGUUGCCUGGGGUGGUGUGUGUGGUCGUAUGUGAUGAUCCACCCCCCUCAUGCAGUUGCACCUUAUUAUGAGACCACAGUGCUCUUCAUAGUGAGCAGUAUUGUGGUGGAAGUUGCUGCAGAAGUUCCAUAUAUUUUGGGAGAGCUACAGAUGUGGACCAAGACAAGGGUAACAAUUGAAGGGAUGAUGCAAACCCUGCGUUCGCUACUUCUGGCAACCUUUGUCUUCAAAUGGCCAAGUCAGGCAGUACUUCUAUAUGGCAUCAGCCAUCUUUGUGGUUCAGUGAUGUACACUGCCUCCUAUUACGGCUUCUUUGCCUAUGUUAUGCACAGAAAAAAAGAAGUUGAAAAAUUACCAGUCAAGAGUUUGGGCCAGUUGUUUCCAUCCUGGGAGCAAGGAAUUUGGUUGCCAAGUGUAGACACGGAGCUUGGAAGGCUAGCUUGGAGCUUCUUUCGUCAGGGAUGGUUGAAAGAGGCACUCACUGAAGGAGAAUUCUACCUCAUGAAUUUCUUUCAACUUAUUUCUCUGGCUCAACAAGGUGUCUACCAGGUGGUAAAUAACUUGGGCUCCUUAGCAGCACGACUCGUGUUUCGCAGUGUUGAAGCUGCUGCAUACAAAUUCUUUGCCCAAAUGAUGGAACGUGGCAAGUCAGUGGCAGAGCAGGAUCAGAAAUGCAUUGCAGAGAGUGUGAAGUUUUUGUCUUCUCUUCUGCACAACUUAGUGCUAGUGAGCCUCAUAAUUAUCACCUUUGGUUGGUCCUACUCACGUGUGGUCUUACAGCUUUAUGGAGGUGCUCAGCUGAGUGAGGGUGGUGGAACACCACUCAUGCGAGCCCAGUGUUUUUAUGUAAUUUUCUUGGCAGUCAAUGGCAUCACUGAAGCCUACACGUUUGCUUCUAUGGACGACUCGCAGCUCUCUCGGUUCAAUGGGUUCUUGGUGUUCUUCUCUGUCAUCUACAUCAUCAGUGCAGUAGUUCUGACACAAAUAUUUGGUGCACUCGGCUUCAUCUUGGCUAACUGUCUGAACAUGAGCCUCAGGAUAGCAUACAGCUUGAGAUUCAUCUACAAGCAGUACCAAGAGAGUUGUCACAGACCUUUGAAAUCCCUUCUGGUUCGACCUAAACUCCUCUGUGUGUUUCUUACUGCAUGGAUCCUUACAUCUGCCUCAGAGGGUACUGUAUACCACAAAACAGCAGUGGGUCAUAUAAGUAUUGGAGCAUUAGCUCUGCUUGCUGUGGUGUAUGCCCUGCGCUGGGAGUUAAGGCCUUUGCUAGAGAAGGUUUUGGACCUAACUACCAGGUUUAUAUCAAGGUUCUUCCCAAGAAAGCAACACCAUUCCAUUGAAGUGAAACUUGGGGAUUCUAUACGCAAAGUGCUUUAUAAGUUAUGAUUUUGUGUGUGUGUG